AUUGAUAUUGACAAUGGAUAUCUUUUUUGCCCUGUGCUAAAAGAUAUAUUGCACCCAAAAAGGCUGGUCUUCUUUUCUCCUCUCUGUCUCUGUCUCUCUCCUCUCCAGCGCUCUAACUGGCGGCCGCCGGUCAGCUACGGCCACCACCCCAAGCAAACAACGUUAGGCCUCGGCGGAAUGCCUAGACGGACUGAUCCGUGCGGUUGCUCGCCAGAGCUUCAGCUUUUGCGGUUUGCUCAUUGUGGCCUGGUGCAUCCACUCUUUGCUGCAUGCUUUUAUCUCUUUUUUCUUUUCUCCUCCCGCUUGCCUCCCCGCCUGCCAAAUUUCUUCCCGAAUGACGUCCGCCCCUGGCUGCAAAUCGUAUAUCCUUAUGUACGUAUAGCAUGUCCGUCCGGCUGACUGCAGGGCCAGCUGCAGAUAAGAGGGUGUGUAGACACGCACGAGUUUUUCUCGUCCUUGUUUGUUUUCAAGAGCCAUUGUUGCCCUUGCG